AUGUCCGAGCAAGACGUAAAGCCAACGUCCAUUAAUGAAAAAAGUUCAGAAAAGACACCAAUAGCUCAAGAACAAGUUACUUCUAAUAAUAGUUUACGCGUUAGUUUUUUAAUUGUAAACCCAGAGUCAACACAGCAUGAACCGCAGAAAUCCGAGCAAGAUAUUGAAUCCAAUAAAAAGGAUUUAGAAUUAGAACAUUUUGAGACGCGCAGUAUUGAAGAACCUAUGGAACCGUGGAAACAUGAAGGACCUUGGUACACGGAUAUUAUGAAGAGGAGAUGGUUCAUUUCCGAAAUAGCUAUUCGUAUUUUUCGAACUGCUCAUGAACUUUCAAUGAGAACUGUCGCUAUUUUCAGUCAUGAAGACCGUUUAUCAACGCACCGUUAUAAAGCUGAUGAAGCCUAUCAAAUAGGUGAUCCUAGCAACCAUACUCCUGUCGGUGCUUAUCUUGCUCAGGAUGAAAUCAUUCGUAUCGCAAAAUCAAAAGGUGUAUCAAUGAUUCAUCCGGGUUACGGUUUUCUUUCAGAAAAUGCUAGUUUUGCAAGAAAAGUUGAAGAGGCUGGAAUCGCUUAUGUUGGUCCUACUCCCGAUGUUAUUGAAAAAUUGGGUGACAAAACGAAAGCAAGAGAAAUUGUUCCAGGUACUCGUGGCCCGAUUUCCACAUUUGAUCAAGCUAACGAUUUCAUAGAGGAAUAUGGUUUUCCAAUUAUUAUUAAGGCGGCAAUGGGUGGUGGCGGGCGUGGAAUGAGAGUGGUCCGUGAAAGAGAGAAUUUUAAGGAUUCGUUUAACCGUGCAAAGUCUGAAGCUUUAGCUGCUUUUGGUGAUGGAACCGUUUUCUUGGAACGUUUUUUGGAGCGGCCAAAACAUAUCGAGGUUCAAUUACUAGCUGAUAGCGAAGGAAAUGUAAUCCAUUUAUUUGAACGUGAUUGUUCUGUACAAAGACGUCAUCAAAAAGUGGUUGAAGAGAUCACUGGUAUCGAUAUAGUCGCCGCUCAAAUUCAAGUCGCUGCUGGUGCUCUUCUUGCUCAUCAAAAUCUUAUACAAGAUCGUAUACAAAUUCGUGGUCAUGCUAUUCAGUGCCGUGUAACCACUGAAGAUCCUGCUCAAAAUUUCCAACCAGAUACCGGAAAAAUUGAAGUUUAUAGAUCUGCUGGUGGCAAUGGUGUUCGAUUAGAUGGUGGUGCUGGUUAUGCUGGUGCCGUCAUUACUCCACAUUAUGAUUCUCUAUUAGUAAAAGUUACUUGUUGGGGAAAAACUUACGAAAUUUCCAGACGAAAAGUUAUUCGUUCUUUAACCGAAUUUAGAAUCCGUGGUGUAAAAACAAACAUCCCUUUUUUACUACGUUUAUUAACUCAUAGUGCCUUUGCAAAUGGUGAAGUGUGGACAACUUUCAUUGAUGAUACUCCUGAUCUAUUUAGACUGGUAGAAAGUAAGAAUCGUGCUCAAAAAAUUUUGAAAUAUUUGGGUGAUGUGGUUGUUAAUGGAAGCAGCAUUAAAGAUGGACCUGAGCCUGUCGAUCUAAGUAAUCCUCCUGAACGUGGUUGGAGAUGUAUAAUUCAAGAAAAAGGGCCUGAGGCAUUUGCUAAAGCUGUUCGAGAAUAUAAGGAUCUCUUGAAUAUUGCUCCUCAAACAGCUCACGCGCUUGCAAAUGCUUACUCUCUUGAAAUGUGGGGUGGUGCGACUUUUGAUGUAUCUAUGAGAUUUUUAUAUGAGGAUCCUUGGGACCGUUUGGCCAAGGAGUAUGGUGUGGACAUUUUCCGUAUCUUUGAUUCUCUCAAUUAUAUUGAAAAUAUGAAGUUAGGCAUUGAUGCUGUUAGAAAGGCUGGUGGUGUAAUAGAAGCUGCAAUUUGUUAUACGGGUGAUGUCUCUGAUCCAAAGAAGACAAAAUAUGAUUUAGAUUAUUAUUUAAAUUUCACCCAAGAGUUAGUUAAUGAAGGAAUUCAUGUACUUGGUAUCAAGGACAUGGCUGGUUUAUUGAAACCAGAAGCUGCUGAAAUCUUGAUCGGUAGCAUAAGGAAAAGAUGGCCCGAUUUACCAAUCCAUGUUCAUACACACGAUACAGCAGGAACUGGCGUUGCCAGUAUGUUAGCUGCCGCUAAAGCAGGUAUGUCCGGUGUAACUUCUCAACCAUCUAUGGGUGCCGUCGUUUCUGCACUCGAGCAUUCUGAACUUGGUACGGGUAUUAGAUUGGAAGAUGUGCAUGCUUUGAAUGAAUAUUGGGAACAAGCACGCAAAUUAUAUAGCUGCUUUGAGUCUGGAGUUUUAAGUGGUGAUUCUUCAGUGUAUGAACAUGAAAUGCCUGGUGGUCAAUACACAAAUUUAAUGUUCCAGGCUUCACAGUUAGGUCUUGGUAAACAAUGGAAAGAAAUCAAAAAAGCUUAUGCUGAAGCCAAUAAAUUAUGUGGUGAUAUUAUUAAAGUGACGCCUAGUUCAAAAGUUGUAGGAGAUUUUGCUCAAUUUAUGGUCACUAACAAAUGGUCUUUUAACGAUGUCAUUGAGAAGGCAAAAAAUAAUACGUCAUUUCCGGUUUCAGUUGUAGAGUUUUUCCAAGGUUAUCUAGGACAACCAUAUGGUGGAUUUCCUGAACCACUUCGCUCAAAUAUUAUCCGUGAUCUUCCGCGAAUUGAUGCACGACCCGGUGCAUCAAUGGAACCUAUGGAUCUUGAUAAGCUUAAAAAGGAGUUGAUAGCUAAAUAUGGUCGGUCCAUUCGUGGUGUUGAUAUAUCUUCAGCAGCAAUAUAUCCAAAAGUAUUUGCAGAAUAUCGGGAACAGCUUGAAAAAUUUGGUGAUGUCUCAGUAAUUCCAACAAGAUAUUUCUUGUGCAAGCCUGAGAUUGGCGAAGAAUUUUGCAUAAGUCUCGAAGAAGGUGUUACCCUAAUUAUAAAGUUUUUGGCUAUUGGGCCUCUAGAUACAGCUACUGGAAAGCGAGAAGUAUUCUUUGAAUUAAAUGGUGAAACUAGAGCUGUUGGUAUAGAUGAUAGAAGUGCCGGUAAUUUAAAUAAAAUUUUUUCUGUUGAACAUGUUCAUCGUAAGAAGGCUGAUCCAGGAAAUCCUGGUGAUGUUGGAGCACCAAUGUCUGGAGUAGUGAUUGAAAUCAGGGUGCAUGCUGAGGUUAAAGCUGGGGAUCCGAUAUGUGUUCUUUCAGCAAUGAAGAUGGAAACAGUAGUUUCAUCACCUGUUUCUGGUAAAAUUGAACAUGUAGAAGUUAAAGAAAGUGAUUCAUUAUCGGCAGGAGAUUUAAUAGUUAAAAUAAUUAA